AUGAUGCAGUCCCACUUUGACGCUUUGGUGGUAGGCGCUGGCUUCGGCGGCAUCUACCAACUUCACAAGUUUGUCAAGCUUGGUCUCAAUACAAAGCUGAUUGACAUGGCCUCCGACGUAGGAGGAACUUGGUAUCAUAAUCGGUAUCCAGGAGCCAUGUCAGACUCCUACUCUAUGGUCUAUCGGUACAGCUGGGACAAGGAUGACCUGGUAACAUAUCCUUGGAAGAACCGCUAUGUUCAUCAGCCAGAAGUGCUGGAUUACCUGCGACAUGUUGUCGAGCGUCAUGAUCUGCGCAAGUACAUGCAGUUCAACACAGAGCUUACACGCGCGGAGUAUGACGAGGGUAGCAAUCGCUGGGUUGUUCAUACAUCAACUGGGGAUAUCUACACUGUUCGAUACUUGGUAACAGCUCUGGGUAUUCUGUCUAGGAUAAAUUUCCCAGACAUCCCUGGCUUGAAAGCCUUCAAAGGGGAGAUAUACCAUACAGGGAAAUGGCCCGAGACCCACGAUUUCAGAAACAAACAUGUCGGGGUGAUCGGAAACGGGUCGACAGGCGUUCAGGUGAUCACCGCUCUGGGCCCUGAAGCCAAAUCCCUUGUCUCCUUCCAACGACGACCACAAUACAGUGUACCCAGCGGCAAUAGAGCCUUGUCCAAAGAAGAACGAGACGACAUUAACGGUCGGUACGAUGAGAUCUGGGAGUCCGUACGUAGCAGUAUCAAUGGCGUUGGUAUCCCAGAGAGCUCGUGCCCGAGCUUGAGCGUGUCUGCCGAAGAAAGAGAACGAGUUUUCGAAGAGGCAUGGCAAGGCGGGAACGGGUUCCGCUUCAUGUUUUCGACAUUCAACGACAUUAUCACCUCCGAGGAGGCCAACGAGGAAGCUUGCAAAUUUCUGCGCAGAAAGAUAAAGGAAACGGUCAAAAACCCGGAGAAAGCAAGGAAGCUUACUCCGACCGAGAUCUUCGCCCGACGCCCGAUUUGCGACAGCGGAUACUUUGAACAGUUCAACCGGUCUAAUGUGGAUCUCGUGCUCCUCUCGGAGAAUCCAAUUAAGACUGUUACUGAAAGGGGCAUUCUCAUGCAAGAUGGCACACACCACGAUCUAGAUGUCAUUAUUUUCGCCACGGGCUUCGAUGCCGUUGAUGGAAACUGGACCCGAACCACCAUCAAAGGCCGCGGCGGCAAGAGUCUCAAGGAACACUGGGUCAAGAAUGGAAGUCCAACCUCACUCCUAGGGAGUUUUGUACCCGAUUUUCCCAACAUGUUUAUGCUCUUCGGUCCCAGCAGCCCUUUUGGCAAUGGCCCUACAGUGCUCGAGGUACAGGUCGACUUCGUCAUCGACGUCGUACAGCAAGCCGAGAAGAGCAACAAGGAGCAUGCCGACAGUUCUACCAAUGGCGUAGCUGAUGCUCUCACUCUACGAGGCCCAGUAAUCGAAGCAUUGCCAUCGGCGGUGGACGUCUGGGUUAAAAAAUGCGAAGCCGCUGCCAAUAUGACUUUGUUUCCCAGACUCGAUAAUUGGAUUUUGGGAAAGAAUGUGCCUGGCAAGACUCCUUCGGUCUUGGUUUGGCUAGGAGGCAUUGGCCAAUUCAGGAAGUAUCUACAAGAUAUCGCUGAGGGCGGGUAUCAAAUCUUCAGACCAUUUUCGUAG